AAGGUCGCAAUGAACUAUGAUGGUUUAAGUAGUACUCCUAUCCAGUUGAGAUAUGACAAGAUGUGUCAAUCAUUUGCUUCACUUGCGGACAUGGCUAUAAAUGACGAUCAUCAAACCCAUGAGGUACUGGAGUGGAUAGAAUCCAAAAAACAAGUAUUGAAGACAAUGGGGUCGAGUUGUGGAAGUGCAUUUCAGAUAGCGUCGGAUAGUGGAGCGUCACAACAUAACAGUAAUUUAGGUAUACAGGAUCCAAAAUGUUCAAAGAGAAAAGGGGCUCCGAAGAAACUUCGAAACAAAAGCUCUUUGGAAUCAGCAUCCAGUAAAGCAAAGGGAAAGAGAUGGACGUCAGGCCAAAGUAAACUAGGAGAGAACGAACCGAUCGUACAAGCAAAUGAUCAAGCAAUGAAUGAACAAAUGCCUGCACCGAUCUCAUAUUCACAACUUCUAAUGGGUGACAGCGACGGUCAUGUAUUUACACAACAAGGAAUGACUCCAAAUUUCUUCCAGUCGGCUUCAAUGAGUGUUGUAUUCAAUGGUCAAGGAAAUGGUAUGCCGUACCAUUAUCCAAACGCACCUUACCAACAUGGCGCAAAUAUGUGAUUUUGGAUGGAAAAAUUGAGGUCUUGGAGGUUCUCAUGGUCAUCCACA